AUGGAGGCGGGACUCAGGUUCCGCACUCCAGCUGCUGGCGUCCCCCCUAGUGUCGCGGUCCCGUCACCGAACCCGGAGACGGAGGACGAAGGAAGGAUCUCCGACGUGGAGCUGGAGUCGGAAGAUGAGGCCGGCGUCCGGCCGGCAGGGCAGGAGACCGAGGUGCCGGUCAUCGACCUGUCCUCGUCAGAGGAGGAAGAAGACAAGGAGGACACCGGGACGGAGACGCCGCCGCCGCAGGCACCGCCACCACCAUUGCCGCUGCAGGAAGCACCACCGCCACCGCCUUCGCCCCCGCAGGCAGAAACACCGCCACCGCCACCACCGUCGCCGCCACAGGCAGCAACACCGCCACAGCCAUCCCAGGCACGUCGUCACGGACCAGAGACGCCACCGCCUCCACCGCCGCAAUGGGUGCCAACCCCAUCACCGCGGCCAGCAAAACGGAGAGCCGGAGGUCUUGGAGAAGGGGCCCUGGGUGUGGCCGUCACCGGGAGAGCCAGCUGCACGGCUUUGGGAGUAAGGGAGUUGCCGGACAUAGAAAAUAGGGACGGGGGCGCCGAGUCAGGCGGUCGAUCGAUAGUUGCGAUCGAUGGGUUGCACAAUUGGUUAUUGCUAUAUUCAAAAGGCAACUUUAGACAACAAAAAGACAACGACGAUGGCAACACUGGAGCCCACAAUCGAUAA